UAAUACACGCAGAUAUUAUUUUCAUUUACCGUCAACGGGACAUGUCAUGUCAGCAAGCAUCAAGAUUCAUAACAACAACAAACAGCAACACUACCAUUGCCGUCAACAACAGCACCAACAACAAACAACUCAGUUCAACUAACAUUAACAACAGCAACAAUAUAACAAGAAUUGUUGCAGCCGAAGAUCCGUAUGUGUUCACAGAAUCAGUGCCAACCACACCACCCAUUUUAUUUAAUACUCAGAAGUCUCGUUCCCGGUUAAGUGAAAUAAUCUCGGGAACAACAACAUUUAGCCUAGCAGCUAACGUACAGCCUCAGUUACAACAACAGCAAAUAACAACAACACAAACAAAUGGCAAGUUAGCAGCCAUUAAGACGCAGGCGUCUUAUGAUAAAAAAUCUGCAUCUCUGAAAAAUGUCAGCAACCAGUCUUUGGCCAACGGCAAGGCAUCAUCAGCGACGACAACAGCCACAACAACAACACUCAAUAAAAAAGUAACAAAUGUGUGUAUUGUUAGGCCACAAUUGCAACAGCAACAACCACCACCACCACUACAGCAUGUGAUUAACUCCUCUUGCCCGGGGUUAGACGAUGAUUUGAAAUCUAUAUCUCCGCCACCGUUAUAUACACCGCCAACACCCUCAUUAUGGCAAACACCGCUCUUGAUAGAAGCUGCUCCUGUGGCAGUGCCAACCCCACCACCACCAACAUCAGCCACAACUGCAUUGACAACUUCAAGCUGUGGUGGUGGUGCAACACCAAAUGCUGCAGGGGGAGGUGUUGGCCUAAGCACAAGUACCACCGGUGGAGGAGGCAACACCUCAACGACGGUUAUGGCCAAAGUAGCUCCAAUUGUGGUGCAACAAAAUUCAACGGCGCCACCAACAACAACAACCACGACUCCCUCUUGUUUGCCUCCAUCGAAAUUCCACAAUCACACAAUGGCCCAACAUUUGCAAAAGCUAGAAUGUUUGAAGAAACCAAAAAAGUCUGUCACGCCAACGGUGGUGACGUCGUCGUCGCCGCUGUCAAAUCCCCCACCGUCGUCGCUACCCUUUGGCGAGGAUUUGUUGAAGAGCAAAGUCGUCUCAUCAGCCUUUGUAGAGCCCUUGCUGCUGGUCGAUGGUGGUGGUGACAACCUAAAGUCCGGCAAACAUUCCGAUAAUGAAGAAUUAAAUGAAAUUCCGGUUAAUGUUAUCUUUCGUAUGGCCGUAAUGCCGCCCCAGCAACAGCCAGACGAACAAAAGAAUGAUAACCACCAGCAGCAACGUAAGAAACAAAAUAAAAUCACAACACCCGCCAAUAACAGAUUAACAACAAAAUCUUCAUUGUCAAUAACAACAACGAAUACAGCAACAACAACGCCACCACCUCCUUCUCAAAAUAAAAUGAUCAAUCGGAAUCGUUUAGCAGCAGCAGCAUCAGCCACAGGAUCAAAAAAUACACCCGCCUCGGAAAUUCAUCAUACACAAAUCAAUACGUCUUCCAAACAGCAGCAACAGCAACCACCUCAACAAUCACAACAACAAGUGCGAGUUGCGGAUUAUCCUGUUCUUGAAACUCCAAAUGCAACUCCCAUUGUUGAGAAUACAGAAGAACAAAGUAUUCCCAAUUCCGCCGUCCGCAAAUCAUCCGUGAAUAACACCUUCCACUAUUCUCAAAGUCAUGUGGACACCUAUACGAGUGGAGGCUGUUCCACCACAGCCAAAGAUGCUGUGGCCAUUGUUCGUUUAUCUCAUCAUCCCAAUGAAGAUCCUACCGCUAUGGAUAUAUCACAUUUGGCCACAGCAACGGGGUUGCCGUAUUGCCUACAACAUUAUUGGUUUAAUGCCUAUGAAUUCCGCAAAUCCUCGUUUAAGGGGUGUGGCAAGAAAUUAAAUCGUUCCGCUUUAAGGGAGGAACGUAUAGCCUGCUACCGGCAACAAUUACAGCGACAGGCUAUACAAUUACUAUCGACGAGAUCUCUGCAGAAAAUACCCUUAUCGGCAGCCCGUCGACGUCUAAUAUGUGUCGAUCGUCUACUGAGGAAAUACUAUAAACAAAAUGGCAGGGGUCUCUCUGCUGCUGCCAAUGUGCUGAAGCAAUGCACCUUUACUGGCUGCGAGGCCAAUGCAUUGGAAAUGGCCACACACUGCCAAAAACAUAUCGUCCUGAGUGCCGGCAAGGAGUUAUUCUUACCCUGUACAGCGAAAUUUGCCGAUAACACACAAUGUCGUGUACCAGUAUUUGAUAUAACACACGAUUUACCAUUGUGUCUGGAGCAUGCCAGGAAACGUGAUGCCUAUAAUCGUCUGUUGUAUGAGCAGCGGCCACGUAAACUUAGCGCAGCAACAGCAGCAGCACCCAUUACUACAACAUCAGCGGCGGCAUCAUCCAUGUUUAUACCUAAAAAUUUGGUGGGCAAACAAAGUUACAAGCAACAACAACGAUCACCCUCCUCCACAACUGUUGUCAUCGGGCAACAGCAGCAAACACCAAGCAUACGUAAACGUAAACAAACUGGUAAUCCUGUUGGUAGGCCACAAAAGCGGGCCAAGAAAAUGCCAGAAACAACAACCAGCAUCCAAGCGGCAAAUGCUGCUGUCAUACACCCAACAACAUCCACCAAUACCGCCACCCACACCACAAAUCAAUUGCCAGCACGUUUGCCAGCUUUACGGCGCAAAGGCAGUACCACCUCGCUGGAGUCCAUAGCCAGCAAUUCACAACAUUCAACAACGUCCAAUACCUCGCAAACAACAGCAACAACACCCCAACAGUUCUAUUCCAUGACCAACAAUUCAUUUGCAAAUCAACAACAGCCCUCAUUGCCACCACCAGCAUUGGCUCCUCUCAGCAGCAAUGGUGUGUUUAUGGCCAAUAAUAGUUGUUUACCACAACAUUUGUUUAGUUUUGGUCAUGACACCACUACUACUACACAUGGUCAAAUGAAUAAACAUUCCUCAUCGUUAGUUAGCAACAACAACAGCAGCACAUCCGCCAUUUCACCGACAACCGAAUUCAAGGAUUUCAUAUCCAGUUUAACUACUUUUACAUCAUCGUCAUCUUCUUCCAACCAACAAAAUAAAAUGCCAACCACCAGCGCAACCACAUUUUUAGAAUCUACCGAUCCCAUGUCAAUGAAUACAAAUUCCAAUUCCAAUUUCACUUCGUCCGGUAUGGGCUCAACAACAUCAUUACCCACUGCUGCUGAUGAUUUUCUCAGUAUAUGUGAGAAUAGUUCAGCCAGUUCGGUUGACACUGGUUUGGGUGGUCUAAGUGAUCGCGAAUUGAUGAUAGCUGGUCCAGAUGAUGAUAUACCCUUGGGCGAUACCCAUUUGCUGGAAGAAAACGAUUUGGCAAAUGUUUUGAACUCGCUGCCAGAGGAUGCAUUUAAGGAGCUCUUUGCAACAGUCCAUCAAGAUGAAAGCGAUGAAAUUGAACGAGCCAUCGAACUUGCCGAUAAACAUUUGAAAACCCUGCAGCAAACCAUUAGCUCUGAAUUGGGUGAUUUUCUUGAUUUUAGCGAUGAUAUGCUGAUGGACAAUGGUGAUCUCUGCAGUGCUGAGGGUGUUACAGCUGUGCCUCAUCCUGGCAUGCUAGAUGCGGCAUCAUUUUUUGUGGGCACAAAUGCUCCAGGUGUCGUUGGUGGAAUACCGACAAAUUGUAUUGGAGGUAGUGGUGGUGUUGGUAUUGGUGGGAAUGGUGUUGUGUUGGGCAGUGGUGGCCCAACAAACUCUCUUAAUGAUAUAAGAGGUUUAGUGCAGACGUAA